CGCCUACAACCGUCAAUGAAGACUCCAGCGCUUUGAUUCGAAGUUUGAUUCGAGAAAGCGCGAUGAGCAAGCUUUGGGUGAGGACUACAUUCUUGCUUCCUCUCUUGCUUGCUGUUCGUGCUGGACUGCAUGAUGUUCCGAAGAUGGUGGAUGAUCAGCCCAGCAUGGCGAAAAAUCGUGGAAUGUCCCAUGCAUCAUCGGGCUAUGAGCCAGCUCGAUCCGGAGCCUGUACAGAAGCCUACACGGAGCGAGUCUGCUUGCGAAGAAGCGGGUGUGCAUGGUGCAUGGUAAAGCAUAAUGAGGAUGCGGAUGGUGACGGAGUCAGAGCCGUCUCCUCCAUCCGACGAAAAUCAAAGUCGACAAGCCUGCGCGGAAAACGAGGACAGCAGUUGGAAUGCGGAAAGUGGUCAGCAUGCGUGGGCCCUCCAGGGCUGUGCGAGCUACGACGAGAUAGGAAGAGCUGCGAGAAGGAUUCAGAAGUCGACGUGCCUUGCGCUUGGUGCGCGAGCGAAGAUCGCUGUGUCACAUAUACAUCGAACGCUUCAGGACAUCUUGUUGCCCAGUGUGUGGGAUGCGAUGGUAAGUUUAACAGUGGAAUGAAGACAGACGUUUGUGGGGUUUGUGGAGGGACCAACAGCACUUGUUUUGCUUUCACUCGUCAGGAACAAAUUGGGAUCUUGUUGGCGUUAAGUGGGAACAUCCUUAUUUCACCCUACAUUCGCCUUAAGCUCUGGUGGGUCGGCAUGGUCCUCAUGGCCAUGGGCGAGACUGGAAACUUCCUCGCCUAUGCUUACGCGCCGGCCACAGUCGUCGCUCCUCUUGGAGCAGUGUCGGUUAUCUCCAACUCUAUCCUUGCGCACUACAUCCUUCGAGAACAUAUCGGCCCUCGCAAUUUGUUUGGGGUGGCCAUGGCGAUUUUAGGGUCCGUGCUUAUCGUCCUUUAUGCUCCCUCCUCGGACAAACAGCUCACCAUGGAGGUCCUCAUCGAGUACAUGAGCGACAGUGGCUUUGCCUUCUUUGUUAUUUCCAUCUCCAUCGCCAUCUUGAUCCUCUUCCUACUUCCGGACAACAUCAAGAAGCGAUAUGUCGUCAUCUACACUCUUAUCUGUUCUCUCACGGGGAGUUUGACUGUCAUGUGCGUCAAAGGAGUCUCGACGGCGCUUGUCCUCACCUUGCAGGGGAACAACCAGUUCUACAAUGUCCUUCCUUGGAUCCUCGUUGCCGUUACCGUGGGCACACUCAUUGUUCAGCUCAAGUACUUGAAUCUUGCCAUGAUGCAUUUUGGAGCAUCGGAGGUCGUCCCAGUCUACUACGUGCUCUUUACCUUCUGCUCCAUCAUGGCUGGGAUCGUCCUGUACAAGGAGUACCACCAGCAUUGUCCUCCUACCAACCCAGACUGCCACUACACGCUCUUCUUUGUCUCCGGCUGUCUCGUCACUUUCUCUGGCGUCUACCUCAUCACGUUUGCCAAGCGCUCCAAGACAAACUACAGGGAUGAACUCGACGACCUUGCUGAUGAGAUGCUAGACGGGCGCUUCCUCCAUCGUGACGCGGGGGGGCGAUCGCGGUCGGACUGGACGGCAUACGGACGGGGACGAGCAGCUACGGUGGAGGUGGAGACUGAGGGCCUGCUGGGAGGAACCGUGAUGCGCGUGAAGAACAGCCCUCCCUCAUCUCCCGACGCUCAGGGUGUGGAACUGAGCUCGGUGGCUGCUCAGCUUCGUUAG